GUAGGUCCUUGUACUUAUGAUAUCAAAUAUAGUCGUAAAGUGGAAAUGGAUGGUGAAUUACAAAAUGUUACUGCUAUCUACACAUUUGGACAUUGGUUUGAUGCACUUCCAUUAGUGAAUCGAUUUGAUUUAAAUGGUCAAAGGAAUUCAGUUACUUUUCGAAAUAAAUCAACAAGUAAAAGGAUGGUAGAGAAGAUUCGAUCUCAUCAUGGAUAUGCACCUCAGCAUCCUGCUGGUCUUUACAUGUCAAAUACAAAUCAAACUGUUCUUUCAAAAUUCUUAGGGAAUUCCGCAAAGCCAGCAAAACCGGAUGCCGAGCCAUGUAGUGCACGUGUCUUGACUCAUAUUCCAGGAUUAGAAGGAAGAUUAUUUGCACAAAAUCAUGCUAAUCAUGGCACAAGUUCUUGUCCUAAUGGUCAAUUUGAUGCUCGAACUGGAGAAUAUAUCAAUUUCGUAAUGGAUGUAGGAUAUCAAUCUGUCAAAUAUCAUUUCUUUUCCAUUUCAGAUAAAAAUCCAAAAGGUUCUAUCAUUGCUUCUAUUACAGCUCCUAUGGCAUAUGUGAAUACAUUCUCCAUCACUUCCAAGUAUAUCAUUUUUGUUAUUUGCCCUCUAUUGGCCAAUACAAGUGGUGUAAAAUACAAUUGGAACGAAAGUAUCAUGGAUUCAUUUUCUUUUAAAUCUUCUGAACCUACUUUGUUUUAUGUAAUUUCUCGAGAAAAGGGAGAGAUAACAGCCGUUUAUCGUUCAGAUCCUUGUUUUGUCUUUAAUCAUAUCAAUGCAUAUGAAGAACAAGAUACUGUAUUUGUGGAUAUGAUUUGUUACCCAGAUGAUACCAUUGCACGUCAACUUACUACACAUUAUCUUCGUCAUCCACAAGAAAUGAAGCCAUCUCGUCUUGUAGCAUCUGAAGUAAGACGAUAUGUAUUAACCAAUAUAGAAGAAGAGCAUAUCAAUUAUAUGGCCAACUAUAAUAAUAUAUCCAAGACACCCAUUAAAAAUCGUCUUUCAUCCGUCUUUAGUAUGUUUUCAAAUAAGAAAUCGACCCAGCCUGAAGAAAAUAAUACAUCUUCUUAUUAUAGUGAAACGACAGCCAAUAAAUGGUAUUCUUGGAUACCGAUUGCUUCCUUUAAUAAACGUAUUCAACCCUCUAUUGAAUUACCACAAAUAAAUCCUAAUUACAAAAUGCGCCCAUAUACCUUUAUGUAUGGUCUUGGAUUUUCAGCUUCGAGUUCACUAAAGGAAGGUGCUAUUUGGGACAGUAUUGUAAAAACAGAUAUGAAUACAAAACAAAUUGUUGGCUCUUGGCAUGAAGACUUUUGUUAUCCAAGUGAAGCUAUCUUUAUUCCAAGACCUUCUAAAGGGGCUGAAGAUGAAGUCAAAGAAGAUGAAGGUGUCCUGGUAAGUGUCGUAAUGAACUCAGCAAAGGCAACUUCAUUUUUAUUGGUCUUGGAUACAACCACGAUGGAUGUCCUUGCUACAGUGAAUUUGGAAAGAUUAAUUCCCAUCAGCUUUGCUCAUGGCUCUUAUCGACUUUAA